AUGGCCGACAACUCGACUGAGAGCCGCGCUCCCCCUCAAGGUGGUAUUCUUGAGGGCGGGGAUCCAUCUCAGUAUGACCCCAAGAAUCCGAUUGUCAUCUUCAUCAUCCAGGCCUUCAUUAUCAUUGUCCUUAGCCGUCUGCUUCAUUGGCCGCUAUCCAAGAUCCGCCAGCCUCGUGUCAUUGCAGAAGUUCUCGCCGGAAUUGUACUCGGGCCUUCAGUAAUGGGCCGUGUUCCCAAUUUCACCGAGUCAAUUUUCCCGCCUCAAUCAAUCCCAAGUCUCAACCUGUUUGCAAAUGUCGGUUUAGUUCUGUUUCUCUUCCUCGUCGGCCUAGAAACCAAUUUGCGCUUCCUUGUCAGCAAUUGGCGAGUGGCUAGCAGUGUCGCAGCUGCCGGAAUGAUACUGCCUUUCGGCCUAGGAGCUGGUGUUUCGUACGGUUUAUAUCACGAUUUCCGAAACGAAGAUGGCAUAAAACCGAUUAAUUUUGGUACUUACAUGCUUUUCAUUGGUAUCGCCAUGGCUAUUACUGCAUUUCCGGUCUUGUGCCGUAUUUUGACUGAGUUGAAACUACUCGGGACAAAUGUCGGCGUCAUCGUGUUGUCUGCUGGUGUCGGCAACGAUGUUAUAGGCUGGAUUUUGCUCGCACUCUGUGUCGCCCUUGUCAACGCUGGAAGUGGUCUCACAGCGCUAUGGGUGUUUCUCGUUUGCGCUGGAUAUGUCACGUUUCUGGUCGUUGUCUUCCGUCCAUUAUUCUUACGCUUUCUCAAAUACACCGGAAGCCUACAGAAAGGCCCAAGCCAGUCUGUCGUUACCAUUACGAUCCUGUUGGCGCUUGCGUCUUCUUUUUUUACUCAGGUGAUAGGCGUCCACGCCAUUUUCGGCGGUUUUCUGAUCGGCUUGCUGUGUCCUCACGAAGGAGGAUUUGCUAUCAAGUUGACGGAAAAAAUUGAGGAUCUGGUGACCGCGCUGUUUUUGCCAUUGUACUUUACACUUUCCGGCCUUCAGACAGACUUGGGCCUGCUCGACACAGGGACCGUAUGGGGCUAUGUUAUUGCCGUUAUAUCAAUUGCUUUCGUCGCCAAAGUUGCUGGUGGAGCGCUUGCUUCGAAAGCUUGUGGCCUUCUCUGGCGGGAAAGCUUCGCCAUUGGAACGCUAAUGAGCUGCAAAGGCUUGGUAGAACUUAUUGUCUUAAAUAUUGGAUUACAAGCGGAGAUCUUGAGCCAUCGAACCUUUACUAUAUUUGUCGUCAUGGCCCUCGUGACGACAUUCGCGACGACUCCAUUGACCACAUAUAUUUACCCGAACUGGUAUCAAGAGAAGGUCGACCGAUGGCGGCGGGGUGAAAUUGAUUGGGAUGGAAAUCCUCUGCAGUCCGGCGAUCGUAACGACAGUGUCACUGCCACCAAAGAACAACUACAGUCGCAUAAGGUUCGCAGGCUUCUCAUUUAUCUGCGCCUUGACGGACUUUCUAGUAUUUGCACACUUGCAGCACUCCUCGGUCCAAACCAGUCUCCGAGUCCAAAGGUUCACCCGGAGAAAGCACAGGACUCAAGGUCGCCGGAAACAGCUGCGGAGGAGUCUGCCACCGAGACCCAAGAAGAUUCCUCACUCAAAGUCCAUGGAAUUCGCCUACUGGAACUCACAGAUCGAGACUCCAGUGUAAUGAAAGUGUCCGAGGUCGACGAACAGUCCUUGUGGGAUCCAGUGAUUAAUACCUUCCGAGCAUUUGGCCAGUGGCAUGAUAUCUCGAUUAUGGCCGGUGUCUCAGUGGUACCUGAACACUUAUAUGCAGAUACUGUGCUUGGCAUGACGCGCGAGGACUCGACGGACCUACUUCUCAUACCGUGGAGUGAGACUGGUGCUCUAAGUGAGCACCAGGGCGGACUCGGCAUGGACGAAAGAAAUCGCUUCGCCAACGGGCCUUAUCCCGGGUUUGUAUCGAGUAUCUUGAAUGAGAGCUCCUGCAACGUCGGCGUUCUCAUCGAGCGCAGUAUGUACACUCGCAACGCGAAAGCUCGCCCUGCUUUGCAUCGAACCGUCAGCGCCAAAAGCAUCGGAAGCGCAGUAUGGACUAGCCCUGUGGCUACACGCUCUCAUCAUAUUGUUUUGCCAUUCUUCGGAGGAGAUGACGACCGUUAUGCGCUUCAAUUUGUCCUUCAGUUGGCGCAAAACGACCAGGUGACAGCCACAAUUAUCCAUUUAGAUGUUCCUGUGGUGCCUAUGAAGAUAAGCAGAGUUGCUGUUCAGCCCAAACAGCAAGAAUCUUCCUCUAGUGCACGACCCAAUAAUCUCGAGGCAGAGUCCGACGCCGUCUUCUUCGCCGCACUCCGUGACUCCCUACCAGACACAUUGGCGUCCCGUGUGGUGUUCAAGAGCGUCACUCCGCAGGAAAACGCCGCCGCUGUACAAGUUGCCAUUGACGCUGUCAAAUACGAGAUGACCCAGUCUAUUUCUAAGCCAGGUAAUAUCACUGUGGUCGGGCGACGCAACAACCGCGUGGACCAGACCCUGGACAUUGACUCGGCGUCCUCUGAAGAAGUCGGCCUUGAUGCACGCGGGGUGUUGGGGGCUGUCGCCCAGGCAAUGGUGCGAACUGAGCAUAGAACUGUUGGUAACGUGCUUGUUCUGCAAGCUGCUUCUAGGCCUAAGUAG